UAGUAAUAAAAAAAUAAAAAAUUCCCAAUAUAUAUAUACAAACCACACUGGGGUAUUGUUGUUAUUGCACAGAUAAGCUAGAAGCAAAAAAGCGUUCAUGGCGGCGGGUAACUACUACAGCCUGCUCAACUGUAGCAUUGUUGCUAAUCUCCUCUUGCUGCUACUCCUCCCAACCAUAUACACACGCGCCGCCGCCGGAGCUGUGAUGAUGGGUGGCUGCCGCACCGCCGCCGAGUGCGCCACCGCAGGCGGUGGCGUCGUCAUCGGGGAAGAGUUUGUGAUGAUGGAUUCCGAAACCAGCAAGAAACUACUUGAGAGCACAUCAGGCAACCACCCUUAUCUUAGUUACACGUCGGUGCUGGAUAACGCGACGGCUUGUAAGGGGGCGGUACAAAAUAGCUGCUUUUCCGACAAAAAGUACGGGAAGAUGAAUUGUGGGCCGUAUCAUCGGACUUGUGGUGGUGGUGGUGGUUCCUAGGUUAUAUUAGCUUAGCUGCCUACUCAACUGCCACCCAAGUGUUGCUCUUAAGUCUUAACUACUUCGUGUAUUGUGAA